AAAUGGAACACUAUAAGAACCGGCCAGUUCAAAAUAUACGUAGUUAACCUGCAAACCUCUGAUCUUCACAGUGUUAAGGUGAUAAGACCCGUGGUCAGUUUCCCAAAAAUGCCAGGACCAUCCAGACCUUUGUGGCAGGUUGCCGGGAAGAGGGACCCCGAGCAAGAAAAGGAAGCCCAGGCUUGGAUCGAAGCCGUGAUCGGGGAACGAUUCCCCCCGGGAGUCCCCUACGAGUACGCUCUUCGCGACGGAAUCAUCCUCUGCAAGUUGAUGAAUCGCCUAUGCCCUGGUCUCAUCAGCAAAAUCAACACCUCCGGCGGCGACUACAAGAUGAUGGACAACCUCAGUCAGUUCCAGAAGGCUUGCGUUAAAUAUGGGGUCCCAGACGUGGAUCUUUUCCAGAGCACGGAUUUGUGGGAUCAGAAGAACAUCGCCGCCGUAACAAUCACCAUUUUUGCUAUUGGUCGCACAGCUUACAAGCACCCUGAGUGGAGAGGUCCUUGGUUGGGACCCAGACCAUCAGAAGAGAAUAAGCGCGAGUUUACUCAGCAACAAUUGCGUGCUGGAGAAGCCAUUAUUGGCUUGCAGGCUGGUACCAAUAAGGGAGCAACACAGGCCGGCCAAAGCUUUGGCGCCUCAAGAAAGAUUAUUUUAGGAAAGUAACUUUUGUACUCUUAUUUUAUUGCUAUUUAUGUACCUUGUCAUGUCUAAUGAUGUUUUAAUGAAGACUUAUGUAAAGUGACUAAAAUAAAAGCCAGUAUUUUUGAA